CUGUAAUCCGGGUGAAGGUUCUUUGAGAACCGUUCAUUCAGGGUACACGUGCUCGGUGGAUGAGAUCCCUAGCGAUCUGUCUACCGUCUGCGUUGCCGGGGAAAGUUGAGCAGCAUUAACCCCUGGCGAGCUAAAAACUAAAGUCUGUAAGGUUUCUUCUCUCUGCCAGCCAGAGUCCGCGCUUGUAACAGGGGUCAGAAGGUUAAUCACAUGACCGCCAAAUCAAAUCCUAUUGGUGGGAAAUGCGCAUGCAGAGAGAAUGGAACCCUUACAAGUGCCGGUAAUGGCCAAUAUUAAAUCUGGCGCCGCGCCGACUGGACAUCCACAGCCCAGGCGACAUCCAAAUUACAUUUACCAACCACCGCCAGCACGCCACGGCGUCCAGCAACCUCCAAGACGACGACGACGACUACAACAACAACAACCCGUGUCGUAGCCUUGCGUCAAGCCGUCUACAGAAGCGCCGCUGGGAGUCAAGUACAUGGACCGCGCUCUGGACAGGUUCCUCAUGGAGCAGAGCCGAGCAGACGACCCUCCACCACCCCACCCCCAUGCCAACCUCCACAACCACCACCAUCAUCACAGCAUCACCCCGCCCACACCCCCAGGCCGCUAUGGCCUCUCCCUCGGGACCUUGCCCUCGAACCCGGAGGCAUCUGACCUUGACCUGCGAUACCUUCCCCCGCCUCCUUCUCACUACAGCUUCAGCGGCCUGCUGGCGACGCCUCUGUCUCAACAGCUGGUGUCUACAAACUCACCAAGGGACGAUCUCCACACCGGCUCAGCGGACCAAGAAAAGUUUUCAGAGUUCCCAUCAACACCAUGUGUAACACAGACUCAGCCCUCCACCAGCGUACCCAGUUCUAUGGUCGUGUCCACCCAGGGUACUGUAGACGGCGCUCGUACCAGGAAUGAAGAACAGUCAGCUGGGGCGGCCCCAGCUCGGCGAAAACAGCGAAGGUACCGAACUACUUUUUCCAGCGCACAGCUGGAGGAGCUGGAACGCGCGUUUCAACGCACACAUUAUCCAGAUGUAUUCUUCCGCGAGGAACUUGCACUGCGAGUGGAGCUCACCGAGGCUCGUGUACAGGUGUGGUUCCAAAACCGCCGGGCAAAGUGGCGCAAACAGCAGAAACAACAGCAAGGGAGACAAUCCGGCCGAGAAGAUCCAGGUCAUGCUCUGCCGGCGACUUCAAAAUUACCUCCUCCUUUGCCACCUCCGCUGCCCCCCACCCCACCAGCUUCCUCUCCGCAAGUUGGGUGUCCAUCAUCAGCCGGAGCCCCCUCCCUCCCUCUUCCUGGGGUCUACUUCCAUGGUAACCUGAGUAUGGACUGGACGGCACCCAACAUGGCGCAGUCAUCGUUAAUGACGUCAUUACUGACAGGGAAGAACGCUGCCCGCUGCUGCGUCACUCAGUCAAAGGCCGUGUGUCCUGGAGAUUUUUCGGACCGUGGGGUUGGCGCCGCGCCAGACAGCUUCCAAGCCUUUCACACAACCAGCUGCCACACAGACGGUCUCCUAGCAACGCAGGGCGACGCACGAGCGAGCAGCAUCGCCACGCUUCGUAUGAAAGCUAAGGAGCACAGCGACGCCAUCGCCACGAUAUAGUUCCUGGGUGACGUCACAAGAGUACUGCUGGUCGAAAAGUCGAACACAUUUCGAACAAAAAGACUGGCUUAAUGUGGUGAUGGUGAACAGCAGUCGCUCAGUAUCCAUCAGGUCGUGAUGGACGCCGACCAAAGCAUUGCAUGGUGUAUGAGCACAUCGCCUUCAGGACUGAUUCCGUCAAUAAACUGUUAUCUGCGGAACCAUACCUGUGCGAAAUUUUUGUGGUGAAUAUUACGUGUAGUCAUGUAGAGCUGUAUAAAGGUCGUCUAAAAACUAACUUACCAACACAUCUACACCAUCACAGUCACCAUCAAUUAAA